AUGGCAGGAGUGCGGGAGCAGCCAAGAAGGCUGUCCAAACGCCUCCACUGGCGUCCCCGGCUUCUGCUCAGUCGCGGCAAAGGCGUGCAGGGAAUGGAGCCUGCGUGCAUGGAGGGCAAACCAUGCGGAGAGGAAAGUGAGCGCUUUGUACUCCUCGUCUCGAGCAGGUCACCGGUGGCCUCCGGCCCUCGCCCUCAAACACUCCAGAGCCAGGAAAGGCCGCGGCCAGGAGUGCCACAAAGGAGCUCGAGCGCACAGCAGGCCGUGGCACGGAGCUCGCGCCGCCCCAGCCUCCAUGAGCCCUCCCAUGCUCCGCGAGAGGCUGUGAGGGAGCAGCGGCCGAUGGAGCGACGGCCUCCUCCGCCGGAGCCGCCAACUGCGAGUUUGUCUGCGGUGUCUGCUUCCUCGGCGUCCCUGAGAUCAUCGUUUACGGACGGCUUGAGCGGUAUCCAAGCGAAAGUUCCCAAGGCCAGCUCGGAGCCCAGGUUGCCGACCUGUUUGGCGUACCUGGGCGUCCCGAGCCGCACGCCGCGGACGACCACAAAGCCACAGGGCCGUGGGCCUUCGAGCCCCUUGGUGGCCGAGUGGGAGCAAGCGAUCGGGGAGCGAGCCGCUUUGUACCCGAUCUGUGCCAUGACACCCCAGGAGGCACAGGACUGGGGCCAGAGGGGGGGCCAGGCCCACCGGGACCACCACGACAGCUCGCUGAUCAGCGCCGUGGUCUUCGGCAACCCUGCAUGCCCAGAGCGGCGGCGCACGCGGCCGGGCUCCGUGGAUCCGGGCCUCAAUCUGCCGGGCUGUGUCUCUGCGGGUCGCCCGACGUCACCCUCUGGCGAGGGUCGUCGUACACCCCGAUCUCCCGUCUCUCCUGCCACCCGCUUUGAGGACGACAGCAUCUCUAUUCGGUCUGCGACCGAGACCGACAGGUACACGCCGCGGGCGCGGAAGCGAGUUCCAGGCCUCUCUGAUUCCAGCACCGUGGUGGGUGAGCUCUUGUUUCAGAACUCGCAUGUUUCCGGGGCGGAGGCUCAAGAGGAGGGCCCCCUUUUCUGGGAGGGCUGCGCAGGCCAGCCAAGCGAUUCUCGAGACAAGGCGUCUUCGAAGCAGGUGGCCACGCUCUGGGACCUCCAGGGCUACGCGGGUUUGGGCUUAGCGACCCGAAGCCGCGCCAGCCGCGCCAGCCGCGCCAGCCGCAGCGAGCCCGAGAGCCCCUCCUCGCAAUCCUCCGCCAUCGAGGCGACAAGGUCCUCCAUCCGGGUCAUCCGUGGUGCCUCCGAGGGCCACUUCCGCAUCCAGGAGGCCUCCCCGCUGUGGCAAGGUGACGCAGAAGAGGCUCAGCGGCCGAACAGCUACCGAUCCUUGCACGACGGGGCGGCAGGGAGGCCAGCCUGGAUGACCUGGAGCCCCGACUUCCGCAACGAGGCUGCGAUCGCUUCCAGCAUCGCUGGAGCUCCCAGCCGGCCCGACCUCCUCUCGCCGGAGCCGGAGAUCUUCCCUUCCCCCAGGCCUCGGGUGGCCAUCGAGGAGGGCGGUGGUCCUCCCUGGUCGCGGACGGCCUCCACCAUGUCCUGGAUGGAUGCAAGUCAAUACCGACGAGCUGCGGAGACCUCGCGUGCCCGAGCUGCUGGCGUGGUGAGCGGGCGCGGACGGGUUGAUUCGUUUUUUUUUUUGGCGGGGAAUGGCCCGACAGGUUGUUGA